AUGCGAGUGGCCUACCGCGAGACCAAGCCAACCAAGGGCGGGGUGAAGGCCGAGCGCACAUGCCUUUGCAAGAAGGAGGACGCCGCCUGCGUCCUCUGUGGACAGGGGUGGGCUCAGGGCGGCGGCGACCCCGAAUGGCAGGCUCUAAUCGCGGUGCCCAAGCCACCGCCCGGCACCUCCCAGAUGCCGAUGCCGAUGCGCCCCGGAAUGUUGGCAGUCGCCAGCAGUGGAAGCGGUGGUGGAGUGGUGCCUUGCCAGCGUGUAUCAGAGGAAGCCGAGGGAGUAGUCGCAGGGCUUCAAGCGCAUCAGGCCGCCAUGCGAGCGGCAGCCAAGCGCGAGGCAACCGGCGAGCGCAAGGCAGCCGUGGUGCGCGACCUGGGAGACAUGGGCACUGCGGAUCGCCAGGUUUACCAGAUCGAGGAGUCGAGGGCCUUGGAGGCAAAGUCCGAGCAGGAGAUGAAAACCAUGAUGGAGAAGCAGUUGGCCAUGAUUCUCGGCGUGGCGGCGAACCGGGCGACGCAGCAGCAGGGCCUCGCGACGGUCUCCAAGACUGCCUGGGAGCAGAUGCAGGCCGUGGCGGUGGCUCAGGGGCAGGCUCAGGAGGCAACGGGGGUGGCGCCAGAGUCGUGGGCCUACAUCGGGGCGCAGCCGCUCGACAGGACUCAGGCGCCGCCAGCCGUGGCGUCGCGGGCGGAGUUGCACCACCAUGCGGCCAAGGAACCCGAGCGCACUCUUCGCGGCGGCGGGCCUCCGGGUGGGUUCGACGGAGUCUCUGGCGACGGAUGCGAGCCACUCGCUGCCGCCGACGGACUCGCGGCGGGCCCAUGCUCCAAGGGGGCGACCAAGGGGUCCUCGGGCCAGGGCAAGUCUGGAGACAUUCGUCUCAACGAGAAGGAAACGGACGACCCGUGGAAGCCAGCGCAGCCAGGAGAAGCGGAGAAGGAGUUGCGGCGCCUCAAGGCCCGCUGGUCGUGA